AGGUUAGCGUCGAUACGGAGCUGCUUCACUCGACACACGUAUCGAAGCUACUACAGACUUCAAAUAUCAGACGGAGGAGAAACUAACCUGCAGAUAGUCUGACUGUUGUGGACGACUGUGCUUCCAAGAGCAUCCCAACCAAACCUAUCGUUACACCAGAAGGGUAAAGGACAGGAUUGAGUCACCUUUUCAUUGUGUCUGAAAGGGACGUGAUGUCAUCCUCAGAUGGACAACAGGAUGUCCGUGUCUUACUGGGAUACGACUGGAUAGCUGGAUGCUUGGAGAUGGAUGACUUCAUUAUGGAACAACCCGAUGAGUUCUUCCAUGAACUUGAGAUGUUUCGCUCACUCAAUAAAGACCUGUGUGUCCACAUGGAUUCGGCAGGGUCUUUCGAGGAUAACCUUCCAAACUCGCUGUUGCCACCGAACAAGGACGACCUGAGGGCUGAAAAAGAGACUCAUCAAUGUACCUUCUGUUACAAGAUCAACAGCAGAUUGUUCCCAGUGCCGAGCUUUCAGGAGUGCUGUAUUGUGUGCAAAAAGCACAAAUCAACACACCCUCACACUCUCAGAGACCCAGCUGUAGUCAGAGUCAACUUUCCUGCUUCCAAAAUCCUGCCAUCUUACAAGCAUAAAAUCCCUCAGCGAAGAAGCUUUGACCCCGGUGAUAGUUUUGGAUUGCCAUCGCACUGUCUCUUAGGACAGUCCUAUGCAAUUCGGAGAAAGGUGCCAAAUAUUGACAACAUAGACCUUCGGAGCAAUCUGAAAAAGAAGAACUUCACCGGAUUUGAGAAUAAGGGAAUGAAUCCCUCCGAGCCAAAGGAGUCUGGUAGCCUACACCCUGACCAGAUUACCCGCCUGCCUCGUUUCAACUUGAAACACUUUGGUCCAAAGAAGAGACUUUAGACUACACAUCUUACCAUGCAUUUAUAAACCGUGAAAUUCUGUUCUGUUUUUACUGUAUAAUUGGAGUUCAUGCAGUGAAGGUUGACGCUGGACACUUACUGUAGCUGGACAUUUGUGUCCUCACUGCUUCUGUGCUCCUCUUUUUGGUUUCAUUUUUCUUACUUGCAGUAACAGUAAA